GGGAGAAUGACACACGCAAAACCGGAGAAAGGCACUGCUGUAGUAAUUUGCAAUCAAACGCCAAAGCGGGGGAGGUGUUUCUCUUCCCCACCCCUCGAGAUCACAUGGUGACCCUUCUCAGCCAAUGCAAUGGACGCUAGGACCCUGCGGGACCCCGGGAUCCGAGAUUGCACCGGCUCUGCCGCAUUAUAAAUACUUCUCCAAAAUGCACCGCUGUUCCUUUCUAUCUUUCCAGCUGGUUCCAUCCGUUUCGGGCUCAUAAACGACCAACCACAGGCUUGGGGGGAGGGGGGGAAAGAAGAGCCCACUCACGGCAUUCCUUUUAAAAGAUAUUCUAGUAUUUAAGUUAAUAUUUAUUUAUUAUUUUUUGCACACCUAGUCUCUUUGCCGGCCAGUUUGCAUGCAUUGUCUGUCUCCCAAAAUGGUUUGCGAGACGAAAAUCGUGGCAGAAGAUCAUGACACCAUCCCCGGCGCCAAGAAAGACACAGUGAUCGUGUCCUCCUCCCAGAUGUGGCCCUCGCUCUCCGGCGGCUCAGCGCCCUCCCCGGCGCCGCCGAUGCCGCCCCCCAGCGCGGCGGCCGGCGAGGUGGCGGGUGAAGAUGGCAAAAAGGAGCACGUCUGCAUCCGCGAGUUCCACCCUGCAGAGCAAGACACGGUGCGCCGCAUCUUCUAUGACGGCAUCAUGGAGAGAAUCCCCAACACGGCGUUCCGGGGCCUGAAGCAGCAGCCCUUCACGCAGCUGAUGUAUGUGCUCCUGGCGUUGCUGUGCUUUCUACUGACCAGAUGUCUGUUGCUCACCUGCUUCGUGCCUGUCUUCCUUCUGGCUAUGAGGUAUUACUACAGCCGGAAGGUGAUCCUCACCUACCUGGAGUGUGCACUGCACACGGACAUGGCUGACAUCGAGCAGUACUACAUGAAGCCUCCAGGUUCCUGCUUUUGGGUGGCCGUCCUGGAUGGCAACGUGGUGGGGAUCGUGGCGGCGCGGGGCAGCGAGGACGAUAACACGGUGGAGCUGCGCCGCAUGUCUGUGGACUCGAGGUACCGAGGCAAGGGCAUCGCCAAGGCCCUGGGCCGCAAGGUGCUCGAGUUUGCCGUGCUCAACAACUACUCGUCCGUGGUGCUGGGGACGACGGCGGUCAAAGUGGCCGCGCACAAGCUCUACGAGUCCCUGGGCUUCAAGCACAUGGGGGUGGUGGAGCACUACGUCCUGCCGGGAAUGACGCACUCCCUGGUGGAGAAGAUGUUCUUUCAGCUCCGCUACCACCGCUACCGCCUGCAGCUACGCGAGGAGUAAAGCGCCCUUUCAACAGCCGGAAAAACCAAACCCAGCCCUGACCCGAUGGUUCUCCUCCCUCUUUUCCAAACGCUUAACCCAGCACUUUCAUGGAUUGUGGUUUGUUUGUUUUUAAGUUGUAUGGUUUAUUUGGCCGGAUUUUUGGGGGGAGGCAGGGUGGGGGGAGGGGAAGAAGAUCUGAUUAUUUCAUUAUUUAAAAACUUUUUUCUUUUUUUCUUUCUUUCUUUUUUUUUUUUUUUUGGUGGUCGUUGGUUUUGAGUUGGUUGCCGCCCCCUCCCCACCCCUCUAUCCCGAUCCCAUCCCAUCUUCGAUUCGCUUCCCACAUCCCGUCAGUAUCCACACGGACUCUGACCAAGACGAAGACAACAGAAGUAAUAAUUCAACGAGCAGGCGGGCAGUCUGCCCGGGCCGGCGGACGCGGCUGCUCUCGGAGCGCCCCGAGCCCACGGCCGUCCUCCUCACGCUGGAGCCCCAUGAGCCACUUCUCCCGGGUGAUCCACGGAGGGGCUCUGGCCUCCCGCGUCAGCUGAAACUGCUCAGUCCGAGCCCGCACCCCACGCACUCUUCUCCAUCUCCCACGUAACACAGAGACUUAAGCACAGAGACUGAAAGCAGAAACACUAGAGAAAACAGACCUUUCCCUCUGGUCCCCAGCCCUCCCUCUUCCCUGGCCCGGUGUACAUAGAGCAGCCUCACCGUCCACACGCAAGCUCUAGGAGCCGCCCCUUCCAGCGGAUUGUCACUCCCCUCCCCCCUCCGCCUCCCACCCCUCAACUUGCGGGCAUUUCCCAGCAUGAUCCUGGCCUGUAAGGAGGACAUGCACUAUUUGUCCCAGGCCUGGUGGUCAGUGGUCAGCGGUCCACCGGGAGACCAGCAUGGGAAGCCGCUUUGCUGUACUGCAUGAAGAGGAUGUGCCUGCUUGUGCUUGCAAUCAAAGGCUCACUCGUAGCACUACCAUCCGGGCAAUGACCUUGCACUUUUUUUCUGGAUGUGCCUCAUUCUGCCAAAAUCGUCUGAGGGAACCCCUGGUGCAUCCGAUGACUGAGACUCUCUCCCUCCUCCCGUCUCCUCUCACUCCCUCGAGCCUCCUCAGCCCCUUCUCUCUCUCUCUCUCUCUCUCGACCUAAGCCAGCAAAAGACUUAACCCAUCGGACCCGUGGAGAUCCAGUGUAAUAUAGUGUAAAAUAGCAGCCUCUGAUUUCUCUGCCCUCCCGCCCCGCCUCCGGUGGGCAGCCCUGUCCCCACCGGAGCUUUGGGCCGGACUCUGGCCGCCACUAUCACCCGGCCUCUUUUCCCACAUCCCCGCUUUAUGAUUUCACAUCAUUAAGUUUUCUCAUGUUUAUUUGUGGUCCUACUCCCUUCCCCAGUCUUUCUCCCCUUUCCUUUCCUUGUCCUUCCCUUCCUGUGCUCCCCUCCCCCUCCUUAUCUUACUUUAUGAGUUUAUUUUAUUUUGGCUGUGGCUGAACGGUGUCAUUGAAGCCUAGGGGAGGGCGGGUUCCUAUGGCAACACAUUUGCACAUUAAUGUGCCCACCCAAUCCAGCCCCUUCCGCAGAGCCUUGGCUGGGGAAGCUAGCGGCCCGAUUAUCCUAAGCAGCUGCCUGUUAGAUAAGCAGAGCGGGCCUGGCCCCGCCACAGAGGGAAGGCGCCGCUUGACCGUGGCCCAGUGUGUGCCAGGCAGACUGGGCGUGGGUCUGCAUGGAGGAUGGAUGUACAGUGCCUGUCCCGGGGAGCGGCCCAGACGACAGCUUCUUCUCGCCUGAAAUCGUACCUUUUUUUGUAACUUAUUUAACAGAAUAGCAACUUUGCAUGACUUUACUGUCUUGGGAAAAACCGGUAGGUUAUACUUAAAAAAGAAAAAAACCACAAAAACAUACAGAAAAACCACACCAAAAAAAGAAAAAACAUAAAACAAAACAACGUCAACAACAACAAAAAAAACAACCCACCACAGCAGUGCCAGAAAUAGCCUCUAUUUCUGGUCCCGCUUGGCUGGGCGGUGGGUGGGAGGGUGGGAAUUGGGGGGUGGGGGGUGGAAGAGGGACGCAGGUUUAUAAAUUUAAAGGGAAACCCCGAUUUAGCUUAGUUCUCACACCCAGGGAGAGAAAAGUGCUCCUGAUCUACAAUGUAUUAUUAUUCUGCUCGUCCUUUGUUUUCUUUUAAAGAAAAAUCACUCUGAUGAACUCGACAAGGGACAGCACAAAUGUUGAUUUUGCUUGGACUCUAAGCUAGGAAGUAGUUUGGUGUGAAGCACUCGGGCUGGUCGAGGAAAGGAGCAAAGGUGGGACCCGGUACAGAAAAUGCCCAGCCUGUGGGAGCCAUGGUGGGUGAAGGCGUGGCCGUGUUGUUGGGAGGGUGGAUGGAGAGAAUCAUGUAUGUCACUGACGGGAGCUUCCUUGGGCUUGGAAGAACUAAUCUUUCCAUUCCAAGGCCGCUUGGAUGCCUGGCACCGAGUGGGGGAGAUUCCCCAUAGGGGCCCUGGCACGCCAGCCCUGUGGUGUGUCUGAGAACACCCUGUGGUUGGGGUUGGGGGAGGAGAAGACCCCGGGAGGAGCCUCCUGAGAGGGGAGGAGGGAGAGCCUGCAGUGAGGGUGGGGGAGGAUCAGAGCAGAAGGAGCUCCUCUGGGGGUGAGGAGGAGGAAGGUCAGCUGAUGGAAGGUCAGAUGUGGCAUUUGAUGGUGAUUCCACUGGAAGUGCUGGCAUUUGAGCUGAGCAAUGAGAGUAAAGCUCUUUCUCUAAGCCUCCUCCUCUCCAGCAGUCCUUGGUGCACAUCUCGGGGUGUAGGUGGGAGAGGGCCAGCUAGGGUCCUUGCACCUCCCCACCCAGUGCUGUGGCGGGGGGUAGUGGGGAACUAAGCCAUGGCCCCAAGUGCUGACCGGAACAGGCAGGGGAUGUUCCCCGGCGGGGAUGGGGAGGCAGAAGGUGAAUUCUGACUUCCCUCACCUGCUCCACGUGCAGUAAAAAGCUAAGGCUGAGCUGCGCUGGGCCUGGCCAGUGAGGGUCAAAUGUAGACCAUGGAGAGUACUUAUUUUGAAAGCAAAUGAGUUUGUUUAAAGCAGCUUAUUAAAGGGGUAUGAUAUAUUAUAUAUUUAAAAUUUUUUUAAAGAUACACAAAAACAAAAAACCAAACGCAACAAACCUUUGUAUGCCGUACAUUUCUCCUCCCACGGAAGGAAGUAUGUCCUCUGGGUAGGAAUCGGAAUUUUGUAGAUUGUACAGAAAUGGGCGCAGUAUUUUCUUGCCAUUUUCAGUGAUUUUGUUACCCUGCACUCAAUAGACAGAUGUGAAGUGUUAGCAAAAUAGAAGAAAACAGAACAGUUUGUGCCUUUUUUUCUCCCUCCGGUCGGUUUGGUUUUCAGUGGGGGCUUUUGGGGGGUGGGGGGUGUUCUGUGUUCUCUCGUUUGAGAUUUCUUUUGGCUGUUGCUGGCACGUCACUGCACUAAGACAUUUCCAGAAAAGGAAAAUGACAAGUAUUUUCAUGAUGGGGUGGGGGGGGUGGGGGGGAGACAGAGAGUCUGACUUGGGCAACUUUUUUUUUUUUUUAAACCGGGGUUAUUUAGCGAAAGAAUGUCGCUGGUUUUCUUUGAUUCCUGUGCCUUUGUAACCUGCCUCACCUGUAGCUGUGCUAAGCCAAAACUGGAGCCGAGGGUCCUCCCCCUCCCCCCCAAGGGCCGAAGGGACAGCUCCGCUGCCAACCUCCUGCCAACUGGUGAAAGUGCAGCUUCUCAUUGGGAUUGACCAAAGCACUUUUGUGUUUGUUGUUUAGUUGCUUUUAAGACACAUGUGCUCGACAAAGGGAUGACUUUAAGGGGGUGACCUUUGAGCCCACAAAUGACGCAGGCACUGACUGCAAAGCCGUACCUGUAAUUUCAGGAAUCGGGCCGCUGCCUCGGAAAGAUCCCCGUUCUCCCCUGUCCACUGUACAGGCCACUGGGAACCAUGUCAUGGCACCUAGGAGAUUGUUGGAAUCCAGUCCAGAAUUUAGAAGCAUUCGGUCCCCUAGAAAAAAGGGGCCAGUCUUGCCUCCUUUUCCCAAGCCGUCCCCGGAAGGGCUCGACCUCCUGGGUUGGCAAGCUGGCUACCUCGAGGACCUUCCCACCUUCUUAAUUGCUGCCCUUCCAUUGCUGCCAAUAUGCAGGGAACGUAUCUGCCACUUGCACUGAAUGGCCAUAGGCCUAGCGCCUGCCACGUUAGAACUGUGAAGUUUCUCUUCCAGAAACUUUUUGCAUCCUGUUUUCCCAGCUCCUGACCAUCCCUCGCUGGCUGCUGUCCCACUUUGUGGUUGGCGUUUGCCGUGGGCAGGCAAAAUCCUUUUCUGAUUGUGUCUAAGCUUCUCUAAGCCUGUACAGAAUAACAACAGUGUAAAUAUUUUCUGAUUACCUGAGUGCGUUACAGCGUCCGUCCUGGUGACCCUUGAGACUAAUUCUGGGGGCAAGAACCUUUAAGGACAAACUCUUCUGAUGUGUGUGUUUCUAGGGCAUUGUCAUCCCCCAGUACCCAGAGCCACUUGUUGAGCAAAUGUGCACUGAGAAGUGAAUUUUUUAAAGUUUGUAGAAAACUUCUGAUGUUACUUCUACUACCUCUGUAAGGCUGUUCAGGUGGAGUUCCUCUUGAAUGAUGUGGGAUUAAAAAAGAGGGAGAAAUAUGCAGUUCUCAGACCAUAGUGACUCUACCCUGGGAUCCCGAAGUCCCUUAAUAUUCCCCAGUGAGGCCUUUAGCCUGAAUCUGUAGAAGGACCUUUCUGUUGCAGCGUUCCGUUGCAAGGCUGAAGCCCACUUUCUCUUUGGUUUUCAUCACUUUGGUGAUGCAGCUGAAGGUCAAAAGCUCGUGAGGCCUUCAGAGUUUGCCCCUUGAAGACAGCUGAGGGAGGCCACCCGCCCUAUUCCCCUCACCCCUACCAUGAGCACUGUGGCCGGUUCCAGAAUUCCACUCCAUCCCUCAAAGGGCAAGUGGUCUCCACGGCCUGCUAGGCAGGUCCCUUGAAUGGCUUUGCGAAACCAGACUUACUGGAGAGCCUAACAUUUUCUGUCCCGCCCAGCCAAAUGAUCACUUGUCGUGUCUGUCCCUAGCAGGUAGGUUAAAAAAGUAUUUCCGUCCGUGGGGUUCCGUGAAACGAACCUGGGUGGUUUGUGUUCGGCACGAGAUUUGCAUCCUCCCAGGGCCAGAAGCUCACGCCUUCCCGGAUGAUCUGAAUUCAUCGGCGGGCCCUACUUUGGAGUUUGGGUUUCUCAGGAGAGUUUAGGUUACGCAGAUUGUGAUGUAUGGCUAGCCUAGGUAUUCUGAGGUGGAGGCUGAUUCUCCAUCCUUAUUUGCUGAGGACACAGGUCUAGGAUCACAGUGGGGCGUCGGAGCUGGGCUCGUGGUGCUUGGAGACCUUUUGAGUCCAGCUCCUUCACUUUACAGAGGCCAAAUGAUGGGGAUUGGCUUGCACAGUCCCGUGGCUAGUAGGUGGUAGAGUAAUGAUUUGAAACCAAAUGUUCAUUUUCUUUUUCUUACAUGUCCACAUGCAUCAGGUUCCAGUUGAUCUAUAGUUGGUAUCAUGGAGUGUGCCGCAAGGCUACUCUAAUGCCCAUGGUUAGGAUGUGCCCUUGUGAUAAGUCUUCUCCCCCUUUGCCGUCCCCCACCACGUAGAAAGGACGGACACGAUCAAACUCGAUUCGAGGCACUUCUGAUGGGGGGGAGAGGGCUCUGGCCAAAGAAGCUGGGUACCUUCCAUGGUGAGGAAGGAGGGCAGCCUGGUAUCCAUACCUCCCAGCUUCCUUUUCUCAAGCCAUCAACACAUCCCAGAGCGAUAGCCCUUUUCCAGAUGGCUUCUGGCCCUUUUUUCUAGAAUGCAGAUAAGCAGUUGUAGGGGGUGGGUAGAACAGCAUAGAGGCUGUUCCCUUCCCUCAGCACAAGGAGGAAGCGGGACAAGAGAAGGGCUCUCCCGUCUGAAAUAAUCACUGUCCUGGGGAGCCACCCUCUUUCCAGAUGAUCACAAUUCUAUCCCACCGGGAUCACUGGGCCUUGUCAGGAUAGAAAACCCAAACCUAUGAAUUUUUACCCCAAAGAUGCAGUUAAAGCAUGCCUUUGCAUUCAGAAAGAUGUCCCCACAUUAUGACUGAAUAGAUUAGUUCAAUGGCAACCAUAAUUUAGAAUUGACUUGAGUUGAUCGGUUCACAAAUCAUGGCUGAUGGUUACCAGCUGUGGGUAGAACCCGGGAGCAUAUUUCCAAAUUCUGUUUUCCCAUGCAAAGUCAAUAGACAUUGAGUUUUUGCUUCCAAUAUUUGCCUGUCCCAAUAUGCAAUAAUAAGGUUCUUUAUUAAUGUUUUAAAAAGACAGACAGCUUCUCAGACAAGAGAAAUCAUUUGGAAUGAGGAUUGGGACAUUCAGUUCCUCACCGAUGGAUCUACUCUGAGUUCCUAAUCAAAUGCUUAGGCCCGGCUGAGAACAUUUCGGAUUGCGGUGUGCUCUAGUGCUAUUUGUUUAGAACUGAGGCGUGGGGAUAUCUUUCUGUGCUGAUUUUCUGAGAUCCCCUCUGGCCCCAGUCAUCUGCAGGCUUUGAGAAUGUUAAGGGGUGGGGGAAUGUGUCCUUGUCACCUUCUGGACUUCUCUAGCUGCAGGAUGCCCUUUUGAAUACUACCUGGAUGAGGAUCCCAGAAUCUCCCGAGUCGGAACCACCUCAAAGGUGGUAUUUGAUUAAAAUUAAGAACCCCACCACCUCAAAGGCAACCCAUUUUAAUAUUGGACAGAUCUAAUCCUUUAAGGAAGUGUUUCUUUAUUUUGGAUUGAAAUAUUCUCCUGAUAUGUACUUGUUGGUCCAAGUUCUGUUCUCUGGGGCCGAGCCUAAUCCCCACAAUAACCUCAAAUACUUGAAGACACUGAUCGUGUCCUUCAUCCCCUUGUCCUCCAAAGUUUUCUCUUCCAAGUCCAAUAUACCCAGCCCUUCGACCAUCCUAUAAUAGUCUAGAUCUUCAGGGGAUGUUCAGGCUCCCAAGGGCAGAUCUCAUUGUCCUGCAGGGAGAAUUUCAUUUGCCACCUAAAUAAGCAGCAUGAAGCUGACUCUUCAUGGACUGGCACUCAAUUCUGAAAAGGAGCAGAGGCACCCAAAGAUGACUCGAAUUAGAAUUCCAACAUAGACAUCAUGCCAUAGAAAGGGAAACUGAAAUACAAGAGUAAUUGAUUCCAUUGAACUUUCUCCCAUUCUUCCUUUUUUCUAAUCACUACCCUUAAUAACUUGAGAAUAAGGGACUGGCCUCUCUUAAAAACCCAAGUCUGGGCAUGUAGGAAACCGCUUGUGUCAUAAUUUUGUUAGGGGACUGCACUACUGUUAUCUGAUUUCUUUCUCUAAGAUAUCGCCAUUUAAAUAUGCAACAUGACAAGAGUAACCCAGUCCUGGGAACUUGAGUGAUGAUGGUAGGGCUCAAGAACAACAGCAAAAAUUGGCACGGGCUUUGAGCAAAUUACCUUUCAGGUGACAAGCGGUUAGUCUUCUAACUAACUAGUGUUUGGAGUUGGGGCGUAAGGGAGAGAACCGAUUGCCAGACAAAGGAGGAGAAAACGAUGGGUUCUGAAAUUAGGAGUCAGCGCAUCUCUGUAACAAAUACCCAGGGCAGCCUGCACCAAGUGGCAGCUGAUCCGAAAGCAAACUGAGCCUCUGCUAGAAUGAUUUUCCCAGCGUUCUGUAGUCCAAGGAUGUAUUUAAUUGUCUGUGUUGUAUUUAUUAUUCAUUUUAUUAUUUAAGUAGGUCUUAAAUGAAGCACACUUUUUAAUGAAUUAUUUUUGGCAUUGGGCUGACCUGUUAGGUAGCGGUAAUGUGGUGUGUACUUUACUUGUGAUGACUGUACUUGGACUAAGGCCCUUUCGAGAUGAAUUUUAGGGAAGGGAGAGAGUCUCCCUGUUUGGCAUAUUUCGGACUGAAUAGACUAUUUUUUGCUAACUUAUCUGUAGUGAAGUGCUUUACAUGGAGUUGACAUCAGCUGAAAAGUGGAGCUGAUAUGACCUGAGGGCAGAAUUCUCCACGUGGUUGAGCCAGUGAUCUGAGAUGAGCACUUUCUGGAAGGGGACAAUCUCAUCCCUCAGCCAUUCUGAUUCACUCUGGGCAUCUCCCGGUCUCAGCUCCACUGAGUGAGAUGUUCAACGUUCUUGUAUUUUCUACGAUCAACAUAGUAUGUACUGUACUUUGAAAAAAAGAAUGGGGUUACAGGAUAAUUAUCCAAGUCACGUUCUCUUGGCUGAACGUCUUUUUUUAAAAACAGCAAUAAUUAGCCAUUUUAGAGAAAAUUGGUUUGCGUGCUAUGUUGUGUGUAUAUAUGUGUUUUUUGCGCGUGUGUAUGUGUACGUGUGUGUGCAGGGGGUACUGGUGGCAAAGGAAAUUGAAGUUCUGAAAGUGGCGGCGGCUACGGGCUGCCAUUGAUGGUGCCCUUGCAGAGUUCAAUAGAGAAUGAGCUCGGUAAUUCAAGAUGUCUGCAGCUGAGCCCUCUGAGAUUCCUUGGAUGACAAGCAGCAUAGAUUAACUGGGAUGAGGAGAUCUAUAUAAGGUCUAAAGCUCCAAGUCAUUCUUGGGCUUUCUGAGAGUGCAGCUCAUUCGGGACCUGCUUGAAUAACUAGUCCCACACUGCACCGGUCACAAACGGAAGCGGUCGACUCUCUUGGGACGCUACAUUGGGUUCUGGUUGUUCCUGUCAACCUCUACCACCUAAUUGUGUGCUAACAUUCCUUGGCAAACAGUAAUUCCAUUUGGGGUCAAUGAAUGUAGUAGCUUCGGUAUAGACGGGGAAACCUAGCAGGGAAGUUGGAGGAUGUCCAUAUGCUGGUGAAAGCCUGAGCUGGACAUCUGGAAGGACUUCACCACAAUGUGUCAGCCCAUGAUAUAUGCAAAUUACACUUCAGUAGACCCAGAGUCUUGAGGUGGUGGGUCCCCCUGAAUCAAAGCACUGUGUCUAGUGCUCAGUAUUAUGUUGGUUGAAUCGGACUGAAAUUUGGCGUGUGUUGGGGAAGUUGUGUAGGGGGACAGGGAUGAAUGGUUUGUUGGUCCUCAAAAGUUGUGUUACUGAUGGCCGCUGUAACUGUGAAAAUUAACCAGACUUGCUGUGAUAUGUUUGGUGAAAUAAGGUUAUAAAUGUGGUUAACUUAAAAAAAAUAAAACAAAAACUGAAAAGAGUCAAGAGAAUUGUGAUAUGAAAGCAAGUGACUGAUGUAAAUAAGUAUGAAUGAAUUAAAAACAUAGACCUUUUCUGGGUUUGUUUUAUUUUACGUUUGCUUAUUUUGCUGUUUUUUUUGUUUGUUCCUAAAAUUGCAUUGUGAUGAAAUGACUAGUGACUCUGUCCUCAGACCCCAGGAGGUGCCAAAAAGACCCCAUGGAAAGGUCAGGGUUGGGGGUGGGGUAGGAGGGAGAAAAGCACUUCAGGAGAUAUAGUGGGCUAGGUAAUUUACUUUUCUUUCUGCUGGCAAAUGGAAAAUAUCUGUGGUUCUCACUGGACAGGCCUUGGCCCAUGGGCUUCUUGGGUUUCGCUUUGCUAGUUCUAAUUACCCAAGAUUUGCUGACUGAUGAAAGAAGAUAGAAGGAAACUGUAGACUGAACCAGCCCCAAGUGGCAGAACCUCUGCAAGUCUGGGAGGACCUGUUAAGCGUCAGGAACAGGGCCAAGUGCUUGCACCCAGGUGGUGGGUGGGGUUCCUGGCAAUGGAAGGGGUGGGGGGGGUUGCUGCCUGGCCCAUGUAUGAUGUGUAACCAGGGAGAGUGUUUGAAUGGCCUCUCUCCCUGCCAGCACGUCCGGAUGCUGCUGUUUUUUUUUUCAAUAAAAUCAGAAUUAAAGGAAUAAA